UUGUAUACAGUCUCCAUUUCCGCGUUAUUUCCAGGUUUAAAGCGCUCCUAUGGAUUGGUGAAGCUCUUUUUAAGGCUUAUCGACAAAGUUUUACUUGCAUAUUAUGCCAUUUUAACGGUUUUCCCGGGGAGGACAUAUAACCACAAGCGUCGAUAACUUGACUAGAUUAUGUAGUAUCUUGUUGGAAACUGUGAAUUUAGCGGAUUCAGAAAUUGUUAAACUGGUCCGGCUAAAUUAGUUAGCAAGCUAUCACUUGGUUUCGGCGGUAUUUGUGCUGAAUUAAACCAUGGCAGAUGCCAAUGACGGAGAAAGGGGAGACGAAAACGAGUCGAUGGGGGCUACAGGUGGUGAAGAUGUCAUGGAUGAGGUGAUCACUGAACAGGGUGCUGUUCUACUAAGAAGGUAUGUUAUUGAACGAGUUACUGUAGAGGAUCCAUCCAUGCAUGUGAGCCAUGAGGAUUUAGGGGGACGAGCUCAUGAAGCAGAAGAUCCUCAAAUCAAAGAGGUUGUACAUCAACUUUUGAAGAUAGCAGAUGACCUUCACAAGAAUGCUGAACUUCAACAUCUCAUCAGCACUGUGCAAGCAAACUGUGCUCAGGACGUCUUCAUGACUGUGGCCAGGAGCAUCUUUGAGGAUGGCAUUAACUGGGGACGUGUUGUGGCACUGUUUCACCUCGCUUAUAGGCUCAUUUACCAGGCUCUGACUCAGAACCACUUUGACAUUAUCAAGAGGAUCAUUAGCUGGGUUUUACAGUUUAUCAAGGAAAACAUUUCUGCCUGGAUCAGACAGCAAGGAGGAUGGGAGGGGAUUUUCCGCACCGUGUCAAGAUGGCGUACUGUGUCUUUCAUCGCUGCGAUGGCAUUCAUUGUAGCUGCUGUUUACUGGAGAAGAACACGCUAAGAUAAAAGUGAAAGACACCA